GAUUUGUUCAAGGUCACACCGCGAGUGAGCGGCGGAAUCGGGACUCGACCCAGGGCUGUGAGCCGCACUCUCCCCUCUGCCGGCCUCUCCCGCACCUCCCCCUCCCUCCGCGUCUCCCCUCUCCCCCUCCCGCGGCCGCCCCGCCCCGCCCCUCCCCUCUCCUCCCCGCUCGGUGGCGGCGGCGGCGGCAGAGCCACGUGGUGGGCCGGGAAGCGGCGGCCGCCGAGCGCCCGGGCGGCUGCCCCAGCUGGGCAGUGCUGCGCCGCGCCGCGCCCGGUGCCCGCGCCGCCCGCCCUGCGCUCGCCGCCCGCCGCCCGGGGCAGGGGUGAGCCUGACGGCCGGCCGCAGACAAAGGAGGCGCGCCGGCAGACCAGCGCCGGCGGACCAUGGACUCGCAGCGCAGCCGGCCGGCCCCAGCCCUGGGGACCCGGCGCCUCCGGACCCGGCCCUAGGCGCCCGGCCCCGCCGCCCGGGGCGCCAGCGGGAGGCCGCGGAGCCCGCGCGGCGCGAGGAGCGGCGGCCGCGGAGCCAGAGGGGCGCCGGCGGCGGUCGGCGCGGCCCGGAGCCAUGGGCAAGUGCAGCGGGCGCUGCACGCUGGUCGCCUUCUGCUGCCUGCAGCUGGUGGCUGCGCUGCAGCGGCAGAUCUUCGACUUCCUGGGCUACCAGUGGGCUCCCAUCCUGGCCAACUUCCUGCACAUCAUGGCAGUCAUCCUGGGCAUCUUCGGCACCGUGCAGUACCGCUCCCGGUACCUCAUUCUGUAUGCAGCCUGGCUGGUGCUCUGGGUUGGCUGGAACGCGUUCAUCAUCUGCUUCUACCUGGAAGUUGGACAGCUGUCCCAGGACCGGGACUUCAUCAUGACCUUCAACACAUCCCUGCACCGCUCCUGGUGGAUGGAGAAUGGGCCAGGCUGCCUGGUGACCCCUGUUCUGAACUCCCGCCUGGCCCUGGAGGACCACCAUGUCAUCUCUGUCACCGGAUGCCUGCUUGACUACCCCUACAUCGAAGCGCUCAGCAGUGCACUGCAGAUCUUCCUGGCGCUGUUCGGCUUCGUGUUCGCCUGCUACGUGAGCAAAGUGUUCCUGGAGGAGGAGGACAGCUUUGACUUCAUCGGUGGCUUUGACUCCUACGGAUACCAGGCGCCGCAGAAGACGUCGCAUUUACAACUGCAGCCUCUGUACACGUCGGGGUAGCUUCCGCCCUGCGCCCACCCCGGCGCCGCGCCCUUAGCUGCUGGACUGACCCCGGCGGCCGCGAUGGACAGGCGCGCCCCCUGGCGGCUCGCGAACCUACUGCAGCCUGCGCGGCCCCGCCUGGAUCUGCAGCCAGAAGAGUGGACUCGGACUUGGCCCUUCAGCCCCAACUUACGGGGUGGGGCUGGGAGGGGCGGGGCGGGGGAGGGGGGUCGCGGGGUUUGUAUUUUUUUUAUCUCAGCCUUGGAGUGCGCCGGGGCCUUCCUCCCUUCUCCAACCUCUCCCUUUCACCCUUCACCUGGCAUCUUGCCCCUUGUCCGGAGAGAAACAGCAGGACACAGACCCGCCCCAUCUCACCACACGUUCACCAGCCCUGGGGAAAGCUACCGGGAACUAGGAGCAGGAGUCCUGGGUUCCAGUCGUAGCUUGGUCACUGACACCUUGUGUGACAUCUAGCAAAGCCCUUUCUCUCUCUGGGUCUCAGUUUUUUCACCUCCAGUGAUUAAAACGAUCCUUAGCAGAUGGUCUCUUCUUUCUCAUUUGGCUCAAUCCCCUGGACUAGGCUGGGUUUAUAAUUUCCAUUUCGCAGACAUGCUAACCAAGGCCCAGAGAUGUGAAGCGGUUUGCUUGAGGCCACACAGCUAGGUUUUUGGUGGAGCCAGGCCUUGAACAUAGUGUACUUACUCUAGUUUCUGAUUCCAAAACCCAGUGUCUGGUCUGGAUUCUGUUUCCAAGCCUGCCCCCCGGCUCAGAUACUUCACCACACACACAUCUCCACUACUUGCCAGCGCCUCUCUUAAAGCAAUAUACCCAUGUGUUCUCUUGGUGGGAACCUGAAGGACAGAGCCCAAGCCCUGAAUUCAACCUGACCUCCAGGGAAAGCUUCCUAGACUCACCAUCUGCAGACCCUUGGCAAACCUUUGAAGCUCUCUCCUCCAGGAAAGUGGGGUGCAACUCCCUUCCAGGUCACUCAGGCCAGGUCUGCUGCCCCCAUGAGCCCAAUCCCCACCUGUCCCUGAUGGCUAGCUCCAUUCACCUCACCACUUAGAAGAUCUGUGGUUCCAGAGGGAGAGGAUGGGUCAGUGCUGCCCAGACAGUAGUGUUUACAGACCGCGGGCAACCCCUAAAAAGCCCAGAAGGCGCUCCGAAGGGGCAGAAUGGGAGCGUGACUAAUGGGGGGUGGGUCAGGAGGACCAGCACCCACCCCUUCUGGGACAAGUACGAGCAGAGGCAGGAGCUUUUCUUUCCCACCUCCCUCCACACAUGCCCCUGUGCACUGGCUGUGAGUUCACAGAAAAGAGGAUCAGGCUGUUCAUCUAUGAGAUGGAAGCAGACCUGGGCAGGAGGGAGGCCGGGGGACUUGGAGGGAAGCCCAGACGGUGGGGGUGACUUGCACACACCUGAGCCUGUCCAUAGUGCCCACUCCCCUCCUUGAUCUCACUGGGGGGGUGCCCCUGCCCCCCUAGCCCAGCUGCAGUGAUGCACCAAGCACCAACCCCAGCAGUAACUGGCUACCAUAGACACCGAGGUCCCAGAUGGCCAGCCUCGUCAACUAGGGGUACAGCUCAAGAGAGGGACAGUUCCCUUCAACUGAGCUGUUCCCCUGCCAGCGGGUCAGUCCCGCCUGCAGCCCUCACUCCCCGCAUCCCUAGGCCUCUGACGGGUCUAGCCACUGGUGCUUUGAAGCCUUUGUUUUUAUAAGCUGGUUUUUGCAAGGGGACCAGUUUCUCUCCUCAUUGGGACCUUGCAAGGCCAGGAGGGCUCCCCUGGUUUCUGUGCAGGUGGGUUAAUUAAAGAUGGUGUUUUCUUCUCUGUU